AUGAAUUUGGAUUUGAAGGGCCCAGGUUCCAACAACUUCUUGCCUAUGGAAAUUCAGAUCCUGCUAGAUAAGUGGCUGUGCAGCAGGACCCAAGCCAUGGAUCACAGCAAAGCAAUCCGGGAGCAGCUCUCAACUAAGAACAUCGUCGAAGCGGCCAAGAAGGUGAUCAGCCGCUACAACCUCAGGGCCAUAAAGACAAACAAGGACAUCGACGCGACGAACAAUGCAACAUGGGAUAAAUUCCUGGCUAAAGAGAUCACUGACGACCAAGCCACAGAGAUGUACCUGAAGCGUAUUCCUCUAGCUGAAGGCCAUCCCACAGCGACGUGGGCGAAGCGGUUCAAGGACAGAUUUGGCUGGCGUACCAAGAGGCUGUCUGCGCCUGGGGACGCGCUCCCGCUGAACCACUGGAAAGUGGUGCAAUGGAGACGGGGUUGGACAGAGGAUCUUGCCAGGGCCAACGUGGACGAGCGCCUUGUCUUGAACUAUGACCAGGUUUGGCGCAUUGUGCAUCGCGGGAGCCAGGUAAAGCUAUACAAGGCACGGGACCGAUCAGGACGCCAGCUCGAUGGGCUGUCGCGCAAGCAGCAGUUCAUGGCGAGAGAGGCUCGGGGAUCUCUGGCUAUGCUCAAGAAGAAAGCCUACGACGAGGCCAACACCUACCUGGACUACGAGUGCCUGGGCGAUUCCACUGAUGAGGAAGUCGAGGCCGAUCCUGACUUCGUCUCCAACAUCCCUGUGGCCGGGGCCCGGCUGCCACAUACCUGCGUCACCUCAGUGUGGGCCAGCGGCCACACAGGGCCCCUCAUCUACGUGUUCGGGUCGAACGGGCCACUCAAGGCGAGCACCGUCGCUGAGCUGAACAACAAGUACCAGGGGGAAAUCUUCUGCAUGAUGAGCGGCAUAGCUACCCACUUCAUGGACACAGAUUCAACUCUGCGCAUGUGGGAGGGUGCCUUUGCACCAGCCUUCGCCCAGCGCCGCAAGGAUUUGGGCUUGACGCGCGCCGUCAGAGGGGCCCUAGUCUAUGAUUCAUUCUCGGGAAACGAGGGGAGCGGUGGGAAUGUCCAGCGCGAGAAGUUCCUGGAGGACCACAACCUGAUCGCGAAGCAGAUUCUUCCGCACGGCACCGCUGUACUCCAAGCAUGCGAUAAGAUACACGCAUACUGGCGCAGGCCGAAGCAGUUGGAUUCAAUGCUAACCCCAUGCGACGCGCAGCACUUCAUGAUAUUGCUCGCAAUGAAUCAGGUUGUGCUGAGCGGCCUCUGGGCGUGGCGCAACUUGCCAAAGACUCUUUUGGAGUGGGCUUGGUUGUCGGUCGGCCUCGUGAGCGAAGAGUCCAUGGCGCAGAUGAACAACCGAGAGCCCAGGGGCGAGGACCUUAUCGACGAGCAGGCGGCCAAGGUGUACAAAAAGUUCAUUAUGCUGGACGGGAAGCCCGACGUCGAGCCCGACCCAGAGAAGCGCCAUGAUGACCACUCAGCGGAGCUCCCCCACACCCGGGUGUGGCUGUUGGGCGAUCAGAUGCUCCCGAAGUACAUGUACGUUGCCCUGGAGACCGCUCUGUACUCACAUCGGAACCAAGUGGCAGCGGCCCUGGCAGCUAAGACGAAGGCUGAGGCGCUGGAGGACGGCCCGGCCAAGGCGAAGGCGGUCGCAGCCACCGCCGCCGCUGUUGACAAGGUCAACUCGAAUCGCUUCUACACGUUUCUCUUUAAUCCAUCACAGCAUCGUGAGAUCAGGGGGAGAGAGAAACUCAUGAAGCUGCCAAAGUACAAAGGGGCGACCAAGCAUGGUAUUGCGUUUCGCCUCGACCCUGCAACUCCGAGCAUUCGCGUAGACCCGCUAUCGCCUGGUGAGUUCGUGCCCAUUCGGUGCGUGGAGGUAUUGCCAGGUACUGACCCAAUGCCUGCCAUCUUCGCGCUGGACGCCCUACCAGAACCGCCCCCCGAGCCUGAAGACGACGAAGGUGGUGACGUCGACCCCGUGAUGGCCGAGGGCGGCGC